CUUAACGGUUUAUUUCUGUUCAAAACGUUGUUAAUCACAAGAGAAGAAAGAAUUUGAAGUGUCCGCGGCAUUGUUUGGUUUUAAACAAGUAUAAACUGAUUUAAUGUUACGUUAAGUAGUUGUUGUCGGCACAGACGUGUUGUAACAUGUAUAAAGGCAAAUAUAAUCAAAAACCAGCUUUCAGUGACACAACGCUGACAAUGGGAUCUAAAGAGAAGGAAAACACGAGAGUGAGCAAACAGACGGCAUCCGUCUACGCUGCCAAGAUAAAGACGAAAAUACACAAUACCUCGUCAUUCUUCAAGCUCUCUUUGAAAAGCAAUAACAAAGCUCUGGCCUUGGCUCUGGUUGCUCAGAAGCAGAAGAGCAGAGAACUGGAGGCAGAGGUGGUGAGGCUGAGGAAAGAUGCACAGGCAACUCAUUUUGAUCUUGCUUUUCAGCGUCAUAAAAACAAACAACUGUUUGCUGUUAUAAAAGAGUUUUAUGACUCUUCCCUGAACUCGAUGUCAAAGGCAGUUGACAUCUUUUGUAAUGAUGAGGUUCCAGACAGUAUUGACACUGAAGACAACACCAGUGAGGGUCUGAAUUUUGAAAUGGAGAAAAAGGUUGAACAUGUGCCAAAUAGACUAACAUUGCAUCCACAACAUCAUAAUAAUGUUGAGUCUGAACCAGUGAAUACUGCUAUGGUCAAAGGAGCUACUGAUAGUGAUGCUUCCAUCCAAAAGAAAGACAAUUUAGCGCUUCAAAACGGCAUAAAUGACUCCAGAAUGGAUAUUACCAUGAGUGACAAUCCUUCUGAAAUUCUAAUAGUGGAAACAAAUGCAGGAACCUCUAGAGUUACAGAUGAACGUCCGAUAAAGAAGAAUUUGUGUCUAUCUGGAAAAGGUUGUGAUGGUGUAUCUGGAGUGGAAGACUCACCAAUUCAAUUUUCAUCAGAUUAUUCAUCAACUAUGCCAAAAGAUAUGACCAUUGUGACACAACAGUGCUCUACCACUGUUCAGAACGGCCAGGAAACAGAAUCACUAUCUGCACGCAGGAAAACUCAUGUCACCUCUCGUUCUAAAAGGCGCACGUGUAAACCAAAAGAACCUAACCCAGAUCUAAGGAAAACGUAUACAAUCUCCAAAGAUCCACCUAGUAAUAUUUUUAAUGAUUGUGGUAAUGAUCUUGAGCUUCAGAAUUCUGAAGUUUCCAAUAAAGCUGUAAAAAACAAAGUAAAAGAGUCUAAUGCCAUCAACAAUCCAAGAAGAACAUUUAUAGUUCAUGAUGGGUUAAGAUCUGAGAAGAGCAGGAAGACCAAAGCUUCAACACUUAUGAUGGAUCACAGUUCAGUGUUCGUUGAUGAAAAUCUGGAGUCUGCCAGUAUUGUGUGCUCAGAGGAUGCAGGUACUGAUAAGCAUCUCAGUGAAGUAAAAAAACACACAAAUAAAGCUCCAGCACACCCGCUUUCUCAGUUUGAAAAGAACAAUACACAGAAAAAGCGAGGAACUUAUGUGAUACAAACAAGUCACGCAAUCAACAGGAAUUCAGUAUUGACAGAAUGCAAUAUAUUAGAUGUUUCCAGCAAAGCAGAAGGUUCACCAGAUGUAAUAGAAACCCAAACAUCACCUCGAAAUGUUGGUUUAGAUGUCACUGCUAAACAUUACAAGGAGCCAGAGCCUGUUUCUCAUGACGGAUCGAAGGAAAAAGCUUACAACAGAGAAUGUUCACAAGAUUUGCAAAUCGGUCUUGUAGAGGAAACCUCUGAAUUUACAUCUGUGCCUUGUAAAGUUAAGAAGCCUAGGAAAGAGGGUGCAGAUAGAAUUAAAGAUCGGAAUGUUCCAACAAAAGAAAAAUCAAAUUCAUUAAUAAAGAAACCAAAAAAAUGUCCUGUGAAUGUAGAUGAAAAUGUGUCAACCAGGAGUCCAGAUGUGAUUAGUCUUCAGAGAGCAGCAGAAUGCAGGCCUUUGUCUAAUACUUUACUAACACCAUGGGAAUCUCAUUGCUUAGCCGCAGAGGAGGAUCUCUUGGAUAAUCAUCAUUUAGAAAUGCCUGAAAUAAGCUCUCCUUCAUCUGUCGGCAAGGUUGAUCAGACUGGCCAUAUCAACAUGGAUGGUCCUUACAUAAAUCUGAAUCAAACAAACCAGGAACCUGAGAGCAGAUGGAGGAAAAUGUAUAUAACUUCAUCGUCUGACAAUACGGCCAGUGAAGAAAUGACUGAUGCUGCGUUUUCCAUUUUUGAACAAGAUCAUCUCUCUAGUAAAAUGGAUGUUUCACCUCUAAAGAGCACUAGUCCAUUUACCAUGGAUAAAUAUAAUAUGACUUCAGGCUGUUUUAGUGAGGACCUUCAGUUCACAGAAGAGAGACCUCCUUGGGAGGCCAUUGGGGAUUACAGUGCGAUGCUCUCAGAUGAAAGCUGUGCUCAGAGCCCUCAACCACAGACUAGAGUUCAGACUAUCAACAUUUAUGAAGACCAGGACUCAAGCUUAAAGACCCAAUUUCCAGAGGAAGGAAGAGUAAUGAAGAGUCUAACAAACACAGUUAAUGCUGAUUUAGGGAGACCACGAAGACGAGCAACACCAGUCACCUACAAAGAGCCAAAAAUCAACUGCAAAAUGAGGCGUGGGGACAAGUACACAGAUACACAAUUCUUAAACUCUCCAGUGUUCAAAGAUAAAAAGAAGAAAAAGAAGAAGCUAAUUUAGGAGUGAUGAAUCCCCCUUUCCCCAUUACAUGUUUUUUUUUUUAAGUUUGUCUUUUUAUGAAGUGAAAAUGUUUAAUAGUUUCUUUUUAAAGUAUUUUACCUGCAGCUGGUAAUAUUGCAUUGGAUGUCAGCUUUCCCUUUUUGUGUAUUUAGGAAAUAUUGUUUGAAUUUUACAUAUUUAUUUCAGUGUUUAAUAAAGAAAAUCUACUCUAUUUGUAGUUUAACAUUGAUUUUACUU